UUCAUUCACAUAAUUCAGUAAAGGUACGUCGGGAACUGAGAACUCGUUCCACAUCUUAGAGUAGUGUCCUGCCGUGCGUGGGAAGAGCAAGCGCGGUAUUUGCACGAGAGUUGUUGUGAUGGGGUCGGAGAACAGCACCCAGCACUCGCAAGGCGCGGGCUUCGCCAGGGCGUCGCAGUUCCACCGCGGGAAGCCCGCGCCGAGCCGUGAAGGCAGGGUCGAUGAGGAAGAGGGCGGUCGCCCGGGGAGCAUAUCCCCCGGGCCGAGCAUCUGCUCCGACUCGGACCUGCCGUACAUCUCGUACACCGUGAACCGGCCCAUAGGGGAUUCGCCCAAGCUGGCGCAGAAGCACGGGGGCCAGCUGCAGAGGGGCAAGUCCCUGGGUGGGGCCGGAGCCCAGGGAAGGAGCGGCCCGGGCAUGGCCUCGAAGCGGCAGCUGUCGCUGGCGGCGGCCAGGCCGCCGGGGCACAGCAUCGUGGUGGUGAAGCCGGCGGCGGGGGCGGAGCCCCAGGGGAAGGACCCGGACCUCGUGCGUCUGGAGGGCGUGCCCAUGUUCCUGCCGAUCAUGCGCGGCACUCUGAACCUCCCGGCAGUCCGCGACCCGGAGGUCCUGGAGCGGCUGGACCCCGCCGGCCUGCUGGGGCUGUCGUUCCGCUACCAGCGGCACCUGGCCGCCUGCGGGCAGGCGGUGGGCGCGGAGCAGGCCCACCUGGUGGGACGGGUGCGCGACGUGGACUUCGAGGUGUCGCGCCUCAUGGCGGCCAUGACGGAGCGCCAGAAGAAGUACGCCAAGUACGCGGAGAAGCUGGGCAAGGUGCAUGAGCUGUCGCACCAGCUGAACCGCUGCCACAUGGUUCUGAACCAGACCCUGGAGAGCAUGGAGACGCUCAACAACUCCCUGCCCGUGGAGGAGCGCCUAGAGCCGUUUGUGUGGACCACCGGGUAGAUUACCGUCGUCAGACAAAUGUUACCACGAACAGCUUAGAAUAAUUCAAUAUACAUAUAACAGAUAUCAUGCAUUUUUUGUUUACUAAGGGGUACCUCAAAUAGUGGUACAACAAUGCCUAUAUGACACUGAUGCUGUGUUGAUGUGGGUAAUUGAUACUGUAGGGGGCACCAUUGUAAAUGAACGACACAAAGGCUAAAACCCGAAAUUGUAUUUAUUCAGUUGCUUGUUUUAUUUCUAAUGAUUAUGUUAAGGUGCAUUAUGAUAUCUUCAAGAACUUCUAAUUUAGAUAAACAUUUUUCUUUUAUCUGUGGGGUAUCUCUGCCUCAAAUAAUAUUGAACAAUAUUCACUUGAAAAUUAAAACCAAUUGGGGUGUAAAAACAAUCUUGGCCCUGGCCGUAAAGUACUGACAUUAAACAUCCCUGUCUUUUUUGAAAAAUUCGGCUACUCUGUAUUCGUAAGGAUCUCUGGAGAACCAUAUGAUCAUGUUGUAGCUAGUAUCAAGUAAACAGUAGCAUGACGAGAACAGGAUCAGGGACAUUGCUAGUUGAAAAUAGUCUGCUACGCUAUUAAAUCACAAAACAAAUUUACGUCAAAUGUUUAUAUUACAGGUAUUUUUUAUUAUUUUACAUAUUCCCUUAACCUGAAAAUACCAUUAAGUUAAUUGUUUACCUGGACUCAAACGUAGCGGCAGCACAGGCGUACGUAAAAUGGUUGUUUACAUGUAAUAGGUCUAUAUAUCAGAGAGAGAGGUGCCCCUACUAUAAACAAUUACCUUGGAUGUGUACUGACUUUGCACGUGCCAUAGUUUACGAACAUUUACCCUGUGCAAGGCUAGAAACUGGCUCCAACGCAUUCUAGUACUUUUUAAGUUGCGAUUAUUUCAUGUUAUGACUAUUAAAGUGUACAAAAUGUUUUCCAAGAUAGUUUUGCUACCAUAAAGUUUCAUUUUGCACACCAGUAGAUUUGUUACAUUCCCAGAAGUUAACGAAAUUGAAUAUGUACUAGUUAAUGGUGCCAGAUGCAGGUAUGCCAUCUGGACAAAAUCAAUGAAAAAGUGAGCUCUGCGCAUGCGCAAAUUUUGGGAAGUAGAAUGGUCACAGAUGGGACACCAAAAUCCGUUCCUAAAAAUAAGGAACUGGCUGUGUCCUAUUGUGCACUAGGAAUAUGGUUAGGGUACAGGUUUUGCAUAUUCAACAAUUAAACCCUUAUUUUUGUGUCUUGGAAUACCGACCUAAGUGAAUUAAGCUAAUCCUCAUUUUUUAAUAAUUUUCCAUCUUCAUAGAUGAAGUGCCAUCUGUGAACAUUUAAAAGUAAAAAUUCUUUUCUCUGAGAUCCUUUUAAGUUUUACUUUUUUGUAUUGUGCCAUCAUGAAGUAUGUAUAUGCAGACACCAUGCUGAUUUGUACUUUCUGCUAGCUGAAAUGAGGAAUGCUUUGCCAAACAAUAAUGUUACUAAAACUGGGACUUAAUAGUUACUGUCACCUGUGAUCCAGACAAUCAUGACUGCAUGAAUGAACUUUGCAAAACUUGCAAAGAGAAUGCAUUUAUGUAUUGUUUUCAUGAAGAUGAACUUCAAAAGCCAGCAAUAACACACCUUGUAGAGGAGAUUGAUAAAAAGUUAGGACAUUACAAAAAAAAAACAUGUUUAUUUGUAAAGUGAGCACAUUCUGCAUAUUUUGAAAAUUGGAGAAGUAAUCUAACUGUGGGGACUUUGCCGAAAAUGUGUCCCUUGUAGCAGCACAUUAAACACCAGCAGCCGUCCAUUUUCACAGCUGUUGUACCUACUGCUUCCUAACAGUAGUCCUUCAAUCUUUGCAGUUGUCAAUGAUCAGCUGCAACAUGCUUCUCGAAAUUAAACAGCUAGCCCUCUGUUGAAAUAUGUCAAAAUAUUUUUUGAUGGUGCCGCACUUGUUCACUUUGUCUUUGAAGAGGAUUUUCAUUUGACCGCUGAAUGGAAUUUUUUUUCUCAUCAUGCCAUGGUGAAGAUGCGGUGGACGGAGUGGGUGGGAAACUAAAACACAGUGUUGUAGUUAAAAGCAGAAAAUGUCUUCCUGAAAGUUUGGUUGCAUGUGCAAAUGAAGUUGUGAAAAUAUUAUUAUGAUGUCAGAUUUUUGUUGAUUUUUUUUAUUGAUUGAUUUGCACUUGCAAUUGGGCUUUCACCAGGUGGCAAGGAAUUCUCUCCCCCUUUUUCUUUCUUCUCCCCCCACUCCUUCUUUAAACAUCUCCACAGAGCUCUUGCAUCUCUCACUCCCAGCAUUCCUUCCUCCAUCCCAUUCCACUCCAUCCAUAUCCUCACUAGGAAGGCGUGCCUUCCCUCUUUCUGUUCGCCUCCAUUCCCUCUGGAGCUUCCACACGUGAUCUCUCCAUCCGCUAUAACCACCUACCUCUGUGCACCUUAGUUCUCUGCUGUUCCCAUCACCCGCCCCACCCCUUUAUCACCUUAAACAGACUAACCUUUCCACCCUUCUCUCCUCCCCCUUAAUGCUUCCCACCCCAACUCCUUAAUCCUGUCCAUCGGAUUACGUAUUUCCCCGCUCACAUUCUUAUCACCCUUACCUCAGUCACUAGAUAGGGAUCCCAUUUUCUAAUCAGAUUUUGGAGUUUAAUUCACAAUUAGAAACCAGUUAUUGGGGGGGUGGGGGGGGGAUUGUUUACUACCAAUUCCAAAUUUUCAUAGUGUACAUCGUGUGACAAGUGCAGAAGGAGAUUUGGGAACUGUCCUUGUAAGUCAGACUCUAGCACUGCAUCCACCAAACAGCGCAUUGAGGUGACUUUGUCAGAAACACUGCAGUCCUCAAGACCAGUGUCCAUGCAGUCUGCAACAUCAGCCACUAAAGUGCGGGACUUUGUACCGGUAGCUUCCAAGGGUGGCGAUAAAAAUGUUAUAGAAAGGCGCUGUUAUGCUCAAGUGAUGAAUAAAACAGACAGUAAUGUGCUUAUCAGGUUGGUCCCGAUUUUCAACAGGUGGAAAAACCAUUUUUCAUUCAAAACACGACGACGUUAACAAUAAAAUUUUGAUUUAUAACAUGACUCAAAUAAGGAAAAAAAAAUAUUUACUAUUAUUACAAUGUAUAAAGGAGCAUUCCUUUUUUCAACUUUGCUGUUUAAUUUAAAAUAAUAAUAAUAAUAAUAAUAAUAAUCUAUACUAAUAUUAUAAAGCUGAAGAGUUUGUUUGUUUGUUUGUUUGUUUGUUUGAACGCGCUAAUGUCAGGAACCACUGGUCUGAUUUGAAAAAUUCUUUCAGUGUUGGAUAGUACAUUUAUCGAGGAAGGCUAUAGGCUAUAUUAUAUUAUCAAUAACAUUAGGGAUCCUUACUAAAAGUUCAAUUUAGAAUCAAAUGCGUUGGAGGGGGUUAGAUACAACAUGCAGUACACGUACGAAGAGUGUGUUGACAAUGCCGCAGGCGCUAGAAGUUUAUUUCCUAUUGCCUAUUAACAUUGUUGCCACGCACUAGAUGCCUUAUCAUUCUUAAUUUUCCUAUACAAGUAAAAAACACCCGUGUGAUAUUAACAACGAAGCAAUCAGUACCCUCAUAAGAGUUCAAUUAGUAUUUAAAUACUUUUUAUCACUUUAAAUCUCAAACCUAAACUAUUGUUUUUUUCCUGUUUCUGUGUUUAAUUUGUUUUUUUUUAUUGCCCUUUUUUCAAGUAUAUAUAUUUUACAGACUUGAAACUUCACAGUAAUGUUCCUUAUGUUACGCAGGAUGAUUUUUUUCCGAAAAUUAGAUCCCAUGGGUGGUUAAAACCAGGCAACAGUGGGUACUUUGUCUGCAUGAGAACAGGAUUUUGCAUUGUUCAUGCCUUCUGCGUCUCCAUGGCAACGGGCAUCGCGCGGCAGUGGCGUACCCACAAGGAGAGGCAUGUAUAAUGAGCGGCGCAAGAUUGAUCUGCCUGUAGACUGCCGUAGCGAAGUACGGGUACAUCAGUUGUACGUUGCGUGCACGAGUCGGAAACCAUCGGUGCUAUUCAUUUUCUCUCCGGUACAUUAUACAGCAUUGUAUUAAAUUUUCACUGAAUUUUUUUUUAUUUACCAUUACUGUAAAUGGGAGAUGUGGCUUAAUUUUUUUACAUUAGUAUAGCCGUGCGAAGCCGGGUCGGGCAGCUAGUAAUAAUAAUAAUAAUAAUAAUAAUAAUAAUAAUAAUAAUAAUAAUAAUAAUAAUACAGAGCAGAAAUUAUAAAACAUACUUCAGGAAAGCAACCACAAUAAUUUUUUAAUGUUAAAAAAGAAUUGAUUUUUAUUAAUUUAUUUCCAGUUUUUACAGAUGAUUAGUAUUCUAGAAAAAUAUAAAUAUGUGAAACUUAAGUGUAAGAGCUUGUGCUAAUGUACUGUCAUCCAGAACUUGUACAUGCCUGGCUAUGUUUAAGUUAAAUAUUUUGUGUUUUUAAGCUGCAGUGUUUACAAAGUGAACUGUAGUUUUGUACCUCUUAGAUUUCAGUUGCUUAUUUAUUAUUGCAUGAAAAUUAAACUGGGCCUGGAAAAUCAUUAGUUUAUUAAGAGCAUAUUUUUUGUGGGAUUUGCUAUUAAAUUAAAAUUAUGGUAAAUCCCUAUAGAUAUUGGAUUGCAUGUUUUGGAGUUUGUGUUUAAUCUUUCUACUCUAUUAGUAUUUAGUAUGUACAGAAUAAUAAAUUUUUGUGUUUUGACCUUGGCAACAAGACACUUGUGUUAAUAUUUAUGAUAUUUUAAGUCCUGUUGUAAAAUCAUGGACUGUGAGAAAAAUAUUUAGAAGGCUGUGUGAUACAUUUUACUUGAUGUUGAUUGCCGAAUCUUUCACGUGUCAAUAAAAGUUAUAAAUGUUUGUCUUCACAGUAUCAGAGAUGUUUUCAAAUGUUUUAACUUUGGCUUAUUGACUUUUCCAUAUCAGGUCUUGAGGUGCAGACCUCUUAAAUGUAGAUCUCAACAUUUCGACCUCUACAUUUCAAUUUUGACUUCGCCAGUGAAAUUAUUGAGCAUUUAGAUUUCAUUUUUGAAUUUGAUUAUAUUUAACAUACUUUGUAUGAAAUUUAAUAGUUUUUUCUACAACACCAGUUUUUUUUUACAACACAAACUUUCCUGUACUAUCUUGGGUCUUUUUUUUUCAUCCUGUUUCUAAACAUGUUACCUAAUCUGGACACAUUUUGUGUCUGCAUUUGUGAUGUUGGAUGUCGGCCUGACAGUCAGAUAUUGAAUCUGAGAUGUGGCUUUUGACGUGUCAAUCUCGAAAUACCACCUUGAACAUGUCAAACCAAAAUAUAAAACAAUGUUUCAGUUACAUACUUAGCAUGUUAAUCUUGACAUGUAAAAAGCUGGAUUUUUUAAGAUUGGGCAAAUGUCAUGUUGGACUUCUAACGUCCAUUGAUAAAAUUACAUUAGAACUGCCUGUGUAAAAAAUUUCUGGAAAAACAUUGACUACAAUAUGACUUCCUACCUACUGUUACAAAAUUUUGAUUGUGGAGAAAAACUCCAAACAUUUGAUUGUUUUUUAUGUUCUCUUGUCUCCCUCGUUUAUAUAUUCAGUACCUUGUAUCCACAAUCUCUUCAGAGAAACAUUCCAGCCCAGUUUUGACUUCUUAGUUAUCUGUCUUUGCGUAGGGUGUGUUUUUUUACUCUACUGCUCUAUUUUACUUCUUUUUAAUUUAAUUUUAAAAAGGGAGGGGGGAUUGUAGGAUGAAAGCUAAGGGGAAGAUUUUAUACAGGAUAAAAUAAGAUAUGAAUUUUAUGUGCUACAUAAUUGCAUUGCAUAGUACCUCUUGAAAGGAAAACAUUUUUUGGGACAUAAGUUUUGUGAACUAGUAAGCAAUUUACUAUUUAUGUCUUAAAAACUGUUUGGUAUCUGUUAUAUAACUUUAGGCUGCUUUGAUGACAAAGCCGUAUCUCCUCCCCCCUUUUAUCACCCAGUUACACCUAUAUUGCUACAGUACUAUGUAUUCAAUAUGUUGUUUGAUGUGCAAUAAUUUGAAUUGUAAUGCCUUGAAGCAAAACUAGUCACAUAUUAUUAUGUACCUUUGUUUCAUUGAGUAAUUAUAUUUAUAAUUUUUCAGUAUGCAAGUACUUAGCCAGAUUGGCAAGUGUUUGAGAUCCUGUAUUUUUUAUUCAGUUGUGAUUUAAUUUUGCUAUGAUAUGAAAUAAAUGUGUAUGAUGCUAAAAAAAAAAAA